CCCCCUCUCUCGGCCCGGCCAUCUUGUGGGAAGAGCUGAAGCAGGCGCUCUUGGCUCGGCGCGGCCCGCUGCAAUCCGUGGAGGAACGCGCCGCCGAGCCACCAUCAUGCCUGGGCACCUACAGGAAGGCUUCGGCUGCGUGGUCACCAACCGAUUCGACCAGUUAUUUGACGACGAAUCGGACCCCUUCGAGGUGCUGAAGGCAGCAGAGAACAAGAAAAAAGAAGCCGGCGGGGGCGGCGUUGGGGGACCUGGGGCCAAGAGCGCAGCUCAGGCCGCGGCCCAGACCAACUCCAACGCGGCAGGCAAACAGCUGCGUAAAGAGUCCCAGAAAGACCGUAAGAACCCGCUGCCCCCCAACGUUGGCGUGGCUGACAAGAAAGAGGAGACGCAGCCGCCCGUGGCUCUUAAGAAAGAAGGAAUAAGACGUGUUGGAAGAAGACCUGAUCAACAACUUCAGGGUGAAGGAAAAAUAAUUGAUAGAAGACCAGAAAGGCGACCACCUCGUGAAAGAAGAUUUGAAAAGCCACUUGAAGAAAAGGGUGAAGGAGGCGAAUUUUCAGUUGAUAGACCGAUUAUUGACCGACCCAUCCGAGGCCGUGGUGGUCUUGGAAGGGGUCGAGGAGGCCGAGGACGUGGAAUGGGUCGAGGAGAUGGAUUUGAUUCUCGUGGCAAACGUGAAUUUGAUAGGCAUAGUGGAAGUGAUAGAUCUUCUUUUUCACAUUACAGUGGCCUGAAGCAUGAGGAUAAACGUGGAGGUAGCGGAUCUCACAACUGGGGAACUGUCAAAGAUGAAUUAACAGAGUCCCCCAAAUACAUUCAGAAACAAAUAUCUUAUAAUUGCAGUGACUUGGAUCAAUCAAAUGUGACUGAGGAAACACCUGAAGGUGAAGAACAUCCAGUGGCAGACACUGAAAAUAAGGAAAACGAAGUUGAAGAAGUUAAGGAAGAGGGUCCAAAAGAGAUGACUUUGGAUGAAUGGAAGGCCAUUCAAAAUAAAGACCGAGCAAAAGUAGAAUUUAACAUCCGAAAACCAAAUGAAGGUGCUGAUGGGCAAUGGAAGAAGGGAUUUGUUCUUCAUAAAUCAAAGAGUGAAGAGGCUCAUGCUGAAGAUUCGGUUAUGGACCAUCAUUUCCGGAAGCCAGCAAAUGAUAUAACGUCUCAGUUGGAGAUCAAUUUUGGAGAUCUAGGCCGCCCAGGACGUGGUGGCAGGGGAGGACGAGGUGGACGUGGGCGUGGUGGACGCCCAAACCGUGGCAGCAGGACUGACAAGUCAAGUGCUUCUGCCCCUGAUGUGGAUGACCCAGAGGCAUUCCCAGCUCUGGCUUAACUGGAUGCCAUAAGACAACCCUGGUUCCUUUGUGGACCCUCCUGUUCAAAGCUUUUGCAUGCUUAAGGAUCCCAAACAACUAAGAAAUUUAAAAAAAAAAAAAAAAAAAAAAAAAAAAAAAGACUGUCAUUCAUACCAUUCACACCUAAAGACUGAAUUUUAUCUGUUUUGAAAAUGAACUUCUCUCGCUACACAGAAGUAACAAAUAUGGUAGUCAGUUUUGUAUUUAGAAAUGUAUUGGUAGCAGGGAUGUUUUCAUAAUUUUCAGAGAUUAUGCAUUCUUCAUGAAUACUUUUGUAUUGCUGCUUGCAAAUAUGCAUUUCCAAACUUGAAAUAUAGGUGUGAACAGUGUGUACCAGUUUAAAGCUUUCACUUCAUUUGUGUUUUUUAAUUAAGGAUUUAGAUGUUCCCCCAAUUACAAACUGGUUUUAAAUAUUGGACAUAAUAUUGGUUUUAAUACCUGCUUUGCAUUUUCACACAUGGUCUGCUGGGACAUGUAAACUUUGAUUUGUCAAAUUUUAUGCUGUGUGGAAUACUAACUACUUUAUGUAUUUUAACUUAGUUUUAAUAUUUUCAUUUUUGGGGAAAAGUCGUUUUUCACUUCUCAUGAUAGCUGUUAUAUAUGCUAAAUCUUUAUAUACAGAAAUAUCAGUACUUGAACAAAUUCAAAGCACAUUGGUUUAUUAACCCUUGCUUCCUGCAUGGUUCAUUAGGUUCAAAUUAUACCUAAUACAUAAUUUCAACUAUAUUUACUUUCAAAAUAUGUGACUUUCCCAUUUUAAAAGCCAAACUAGACAACUUAUUUGUGGAAGUUGUUUGAGCUACUUAACUGUUGAUAAACACAUCCUGUCAAAUGUUAUGGGUAUGGGAUUUCCACCUCCUUCAACAAGGUGGAUGGAAUAAGUUAAUUUGGCUACCAGGUAACAUUUAGACUUCUGUAAAAUAAGUGUCUGGCACUUGCUAUGAUUUGUGUGAUAUGUCCCCAAAUGAGAAUGUUACAUCUGUAAUCAACAACCCUUUUAACCUUUCUUGUUCUGAAGAAACCAAAGGGCACUGGUUAGUAUCAUAAGAUGGGAGAGUCUUUUCAGUUUUUGAAAUUUGGAAAGCAGACAGCUUUACUUUAUAAGAUUGGAACAGCAGCACCAUCCAUAAAAUAUAAACCAAAAAUCUGAACUGUUAAUGAAUUUCCUACAUUGUUAUAUUUGGUCUUAAGUCAAUAGAUGAAUAUUUGUUCCAGAGAAGGUGAUAAGUAUCUUUUCCCUCUUCAUUAGAAAAUUAGGUAAUUAAUGGAUUCCUUGAAUGGGAGCAUCACCACUUAUUAAAACACAUGGAUAGAAUGAUCAAUAAACAGGUUUUGUAGGAUUUUUUUAUUCUGCCACAUUUAUUGAUUAAACAGGGAAGGAAUUUUGUUUAAAGUUUUAAAACUUCUGUCAUUUGAUUGUCAGUUAUUUUCUACCUCUGGUAAUGUCCAGCUUUUAAAAUAUUGGAGAUCUUAAAUUCAACAUGUCUGCUAUUUAGUUGAUUGGUUUUCACGUAUACUUCUAAAAGAAAGAUUGUAUAGUAUAAAAGUUAUUCAUUUGGAUUAGAUGUAUCAAUCUACCUACUAGUCUUGACAUCUUAGUAAGAGGUAAUUGUUUUUUUAGUGAUGGAUAAACUUGUGCUGGUGUUUUGGAUCUUAUGAUGCUGAGCAUGUUCUGCACUGGUGCUAAUGUCUAAUAUAAUUUUAUAUUUUCAAAAAAACCUGCUACCCAGAGGCAAGUAUUAAUUUAGUCCAUAUGGAUUAUCGACCCCUUUUGAAAUUGCAACAUACACACUCAUUAAGUCAGUGUGUUUUUAGACUUUCAAAGAUGUAACUCAUUCUGAACAUGUUUAUAAUCUUGAUUUCCAGCAACAUUAUAGAAAACAUCUGUUGUUCAGAAACACUUAUGUUCCAUUUCCUAUCAGCCAUUGUCACUAGAGAACACACAGCAAUAUCUGGUAUGUUGCAAGCUUUCAAGAUAGCCUAAACUUGAAAAAGUUGAUCCAUUAGUUGUAUCUGAUGGAUGUGAAUUUGCCUCCUAGUUCACUUUGUGUCAAUAGCUAAAACUGUGAACCUAACUUUCUCUUAUUGGUGGGUAAUAACUGAAAAUAAAGAUUUAUUUUCAUGCUCA